AUGGCGACCGCCUUGAUCGCGUUGUUGUUUGGGCUUCUAAGUUUACACGGCACUCAUCAAGACUAUCUUCCAAAUUGGCAGUCACUAGACUCUCGACCUUUGCCGCUAUGGUAUGACCAGGGAAAAAUCGGAAUCUUCAUGCACUGGGGAGUAUUUUCCGUACCCAGUUAUGGCAGCGCUUGGUUUUGGUGGUAUUGGAAGGGAAUAAAGUCUCUGAGAUAUGUAACCUUCAUGGAGGAGAAUUACAGGCCAGGCUUCACCUAUGCGGACUUUGCCCCGAUGUUCAAGGCAGAAUUUUACGACCCUGUUCGAUGGGCUAAAAUUUUUAAAUCGUCUGGCGCACGCUAUGUUGUACUGACAAGCAAGCAUCAUGAAGGCUUUACCAACUGGCCGUCUAAAGUUUCCUGGAACUGGAACUCCAUGGACACAGGACCUCACAGAGAUCUUGUUGGUGAAUUAGCAGCAGCCAUUCGGAGUGAGACAGACAUGCACUUUGGCCUGUAUCAUUCACUGUUUGAGUGGUUCCAUCCUCUUUAUCUGCAGGACAAAGCCAAUAAUUACACCACACAGAUGUUUGUAAAGGCUAAAACCAUGCCAGAGUUGUAUGAGCUCAUUAAUACUUACAAACCUGAGCUUCUGUGGUCGGAUGGAGACUGGAUGGUAACAGAUACGUACUGGAAUGCAACACACUUCCUAGCCUGGCUCUACAAUGAGAGUCCUGUAAAGGACACGAUUGUGGUGAAUGACCGCUGGGGAAAGAAUAUCCGAUGUCACCACGGAGGCUACUUCAAUUGUGAUGACAAGUUUAACCCACGUGUCCUCCAGAAGCACAAGUGGGAGAAUGCAAUGACUUUGGAUAAAUACGCCUGGACGUACCGACGCGAUGCUCACCUGGAAGACUUCCUGACCAUGGAUGAUCUCACUCAAAUACUGGCAGAAACCAUCAGCUGUGGCGGUAACUUGUUGCUGAACAUAGGCCCGACAGCACAUGGAACGAUUACCCCGAUAUUUGAGGAGAGAUUAGGCCAGCUGGGACAGUGGUUAGGUGUCAACGGGGAAGCCAUAUAUUCCUCAUUUCCGUGGACGUUCCAAAAUGACACUCUCACACCACGUGUCUGGUACACAGCAGCAGAUGUACAGAUGAAGAGAAUGGUCUACGCCAUCGUGCUGGACUGGCCUCGGAAUUCUACCCUAUCUCUUGGAGCUGUGAGUCCUACCUCCACUACUCAGGUUACCUUACUGGGGUAUUCAGGGACCUUCUCCUGGAAAAAAGGCCCUGGAGACGGAAUCACUAUUGUCAUUCCCCCUAUUCCAGCUAACAAAAUGCCUUGUAAGUGGGCCUGGGUGUUCCGGUUUGAAGGCUUGGAGGUGUGAUUGGAAAGGAAUCUUAAAGUAUCAUAAGGGUACUUCAGCAGUUCUGAGAAUACCCAGUGUGUAGUGAUAUAUCAAACUCCAUUAUCCAACUACUCGCAACUCCUAACUCAUACUCCUCACAGUGCAUGAGCCGCUCCCAUCACUCUCUUUACAUGACAAACACCACUAGAAGAAACUAAACGUCUAUUGACCUUCACCAUUAGUGUUGUUGUGCACAGCUACAAUAAACAGGUGUCAUGACAAACACCACUAGAAGAAACUAAACAUCUAUUGACCUUCACCAUUAGCGUUGUUGUGCACAGCUACAAUAAACAGGUGUCAUGACAAAGACUACUAGAGGAAACUAAACGUCUAUUGACCUUCACCAUUAGCGUUGUUGUGCACAGCUACAAUAAACAGGUGUCAUGACAAACACCACUAGAGGAAACUAAACAUCUAUUGACCUUCACCAUUAGUGUUGUUGUGCACAGCUACAAUAAACAGGUGUCUGUUGGAAUCAUGCUGUGAAUACUUCGGAUAAAAUGCAUUACAUGUAUAUGAAGUAUGUGCAUUAACAGAAACAAAGGUUAAGACAGAAUUUGCCAGCAGUAGCGGUGAUGUAAAGAAAGCAUAGUGAGUGGAGCAUGGCAGAAUAUGCUCCUAACCCAGUCUAUUAAUCAGGUCAAAUAGUUAUCUCCCUCUAUAUAAUUUACUAAAUUCUAAACACUUAUGUAGGAAAUGAUAUACCCAAUUCAGGAUCAGACGGAUUCUUUUCUUUUACAGCUAACACAAAUUUAUACAAACACUUAAAGAACGAAUAAGUUUAACUCCCAGAGAUGACAUUCAAAAGGAAAAGUGGAAACUAUUUCACUCACCUUUUUACCAUUUCUACACAGAACAUAUGUCCAGAACAUUUUUCUAAAAAAAAAAAAAAAAAA